GCACUGUCAUAUCGAAGCAAUAUAGUGUUAAAGAUGCUCAAGACCCCAAAGACCAAGCUGUGCUUCUUGGUGUCGCAUUUACAAUUAUGCCAACAUUACUAACAAAAUAUCCAGAUUUUCUAUUCGUAGACUCUACUGGUCGUCGUAACAGCUUGAAUUUUCUAAAUACCGCCUUCAUGGUUAGAUCAAAUGAACCUCGUGGUCGAAUUGUAGCAACAUUUGUAAGUGACAAGGAAACGAUACCAGUCGUUGAUCUGAUGUUCAAUUCG